AUGAAACGACAAGCGAGUUGCAAUGACUCUCCAUCACAAGAAGCUAGCCAGUCUAAGCGAUUAGCACAAGCCAGACUCAGUUUUGAAAACACUUUGGUUCUUCCAUCUGCCGAUAUACAAAGAUUCAAAAGUAUUGAUGACCAGAUCAACACACUACCACCAUCCCAAUUAGAACUGACAGUAGAGCCAACAUCAGACUUUACACCAGAAUAUUCAAAUAGCAUACAGGAUGGUUCAGUGUAUGGUGUUUAUGAAGAGAGCAUAGAGGAAGAUAUGGACGACUUGACAACUAUAUCCCAGCGUUCUUAUUCUGAACAACUGCAGCAUAUGAUCAGCAAUGUCCUGCCAGAAGAAAGCCAUUUGCUUGAUGAUCAACACAUGUCUGUUUUGAGAUGGUUUGACAGAUUAUCAGAGGGAUCGCAAAUUGUAAUGUUUCGAUUGUUGAAUAGACGAACUCGCAAGUACGUUUACAUUAACAAGAUCAAGUUACAUGAAGACGAAGAUAUCAAUCAGAUCUUGGCUGAACUCGUAAAUGCAGACUAUAUUGUACUUGAUGGACCCAGCACACUAGAAGAAUGGGUCGAUCUGCUUAAAAAGGAUCAGCUGGUGGAUUUGGCUAAACACCAUAGAGUAGCGACAUCUGGAAAGAAGCUCGCUGUAUUACGCGAAUCAUUCUUAGCCACUGUGAAUAAUCAACUGAAUUUAGACACGUUUACUAAGCUAGGACGGAUUUCUACUUUGGAAAAAGCUCAUGAGAGGUUGAUCAAGUUGAUUCAAGAAAUUGUCGGGCCUUUGUUAAAAGUAACAGAGUUGGCUCGUAGUGCAUUUUACAGACUUUUUGUCAUUUACAAUCGAACAACCAUGUGGCCAAAACAUGACAGCUUUCUUACCAAUUCCAUUUUAUGCAAUCUAUCUGCUUCAAAUGAAAGCAAAAAAUCGUUUGCUCAAUACACUGUGCAUCGAACAUCGCUGGUGUGGUCUGAUAAAGCCGAGUUUGAACUGUAUUUUACAAGUUUAAAAGUGGAGCAUGAAAUGGCCGAGUUGAUUGCAGAUAAACCGGCUGAAAGUCAGCUUGUUGAGUUUUGCAACAAGGCUGCGAUUUUGUUUGAUUUGUGGUUGCUAAUUAUUGCAGAACAUCCAAGCCAUGUUACCGGGAUUCCCUGGUUUAUGGUAUUUACACAUGGCAAGUUACCGGCAGUUCUUACACGAAUCGUGGCAAGCUAUGCAUCAAUUUUAAUCCAGCUCAAAAAACCACAUGAUGCUAUUCAAGUACUAGAUGGACUAUUAAGCCAAAGAAUUUUGUAUCAAAGACGGCGAGGUUCGUGGUACGAUGAACUUGUCAAACUUCUUGAACGGCAUCUGACACCCAACUAUGACCUAGCCCAUCGAUCAAGUAUUUUACGUCGACUUUGUAGAAUUUCUGGCAGCAAGCAAGCAGGAAUUCCUGCGUUAUGGAAUAUUGAUAGUUUACGUGCGGUACCGUCAUCCAGAAUGAGUGCAUAUAAACUUUCAAAUGAAACGGGAGGAAAGGCAAUAUAUUUAGAUGAAAACCACACGCCAAUGCACGUUGAAGAGUUGGUUCUUCAACACUAUGCAAAGCAAGGAUGGAAAGGAAUCCACGCAGAAAAUACCGCACCAUUAGAUCUGUACACUGAGUAUUUUUUUACUGCUCGCCAGGAAUCGAUAGAAACCCGAAUACAAGCGAUUAAAAGCGGGGAAUUUCCUUUGAUUAUCAGACAAGUGGUUGACAAAGAACAGCCACGCAACACCCAAUGUGUAGGCAAGUAA